AUGUUCUGGUUUUUUCUUCUCUCAUUUUUGACAUCUGAAUUUUUUCACAUUUAUGGAGAUAUGAUGAGGAAUCCAAGACCAAUGAAUUCUUCAAGAAUCGAUAAUCUUAAUUUAUGUAGGACGUUAUCCACAUAUAGGAAUUCCAGAGAUGGUUAUAAGGUGAUGUUCCAAGAUAUAACAGAAUACAGAAAACUUGAAAAGAUUAUUCUCAAUUUUAAUGAGAUCCCAUUAAAGCUCGUACAUGUUAACAAAAAUCUCCUUUUGGAUUUUGCAAAAACUGAUGAUAUCACAGAUAUGGAACUUUAUAUUCAUGGAUCAUUUUUUUAUCACAGUGUGGAGGAAAUGUUCAGAAUGUUACCCGCAGAAAUAUCUUACGAUGUUAUUGAUCAUCACCUACAGAAUCUCAUGAUUUCUAUUUUAACUUACGAAACAAGAAACAUGAAAUUUGGUUAUUCGGCUUCAGAACUGCAACAGUGCUUCAAAAUAAACGACUUUGCUGCUCAAUCACUUAACAUUUUUGGUGACCUUACAGUUAAUUGGUUUAAAGCUUUUAGCACUGGUCUUACGCGGUACCUGAAUACGAGGAAAAUAUUACAAAUUAUGAGAACAAUUUUGAAUUCAGGACCCAGCAAAUCGUGCAGUCACUGUAUGAGAGACCUAAGUUUGGGCUGUUCAAAUUUAGAAAAGUGCUUUACAGAUGAUACUAAACAAAUAUGUUCAAAACCGUGCAACAGUUACUGUAUAAACGUUUUUCGUGGAUGUUUAGCUCCAUUUAUCUUAUUUUUCCAUAAACAAUCCAUCUACUCAAAUCAAAACUUAGUACGGAGUUACUCAAACCCGAUUCAGUUUGAUGAUUUGAACUAUUUUUUAAGUGCCAUUACUGUGUAUAAUUUAAUUAAAAAAGGAAUUAAAGAAACAGAUGAAAAUGAAGCCUUAAUCCAAGCCAAGCUUGAAAAGUUUUGUAGAAGAAAUAAGCCGCGUACUUUACAAACUACUACAAGUUUGUUCAGUAACUUAAAUGGAAAUGAUCAUACACUAAAUGAGACAUUGAGUAAUUAUUUGCAACUUAAUACUGAAGAAUACAACAAAUUAAAUAAUUUCAUUAAGAAGGUUGCAAGGGAUUUAAAUUCAUAUCUUCAAGACAGAGACGAUAAAGUUCAGUAUAUGCGUAAUAUUGAAUUACUUUAUUGUUCACAAGAAGAUAAAAAUCAAUGCUGGAAUGGAUCAUCAUUUGAUCGGUAUACACGUGAAGUUCCAGAGUUCACUAUAAAUGGACAAUUAAAUAAUCCUGAAGUGAAAAUAACAAUCAAUGACUUAAAAUAUAAUUUUUUAAAUGAAAAAAAUGUUAUACGUAAGGAGAGGACAGACAAAAAUAAUGCACAAAAGGUGAAUUCUAGAAGCGACAUUUUACUGACUAACCCUCUACUUAAUCAGAAGUCGAAUAGAGAAGGCUCUCUCAUUUCAGAGUCAAGUGGUACACACCCUUCAAUUUUGCCAGGUGAUAUAAAUAUACCUCAGACGAAUCCAUAUGUUUUUGAAUCAAAACCACCGAGAUAUUUCAGUGAAACUGACAACCGAGCUGAAGUCGUCAAUACAGAUGAUUUAUCGGAUCAAAUUGUGGUUCAAGGGUGUUUUGUAGAUGAUGAAGAUUGUGAAUUAAAUAUUGCUGUUAAUUCAAUCGAAGAUAAUACCAAUGAAAGACAGUUCACAGUACUUAGUGAAAAUGAAUCUUUCAACAAUUUAUCUGAGUCUAAGAAAAAGCUGCAAGAUGAUCCGGUGAAUGACAAUAAAACAAGGGAAUUUACAAAGAAAACUGAAAUAUCCUCAGAGAAAGUACUGAAUUCUUCGGCAUCUAAUUUCUCGACGAAUUUGAAAGUACAGGAAAAUGUUAGUUUCAACAACAAAAUGUCAUCGAGACUGGUCUGCUUUGUUUGUAUCUUCUCUAUAAAGCUUUAUUCAUUCACAUGUUUAUAAUUUUGAACAAUCUUAAAUAGGUCGUUGUAAAUGUAUAUAAAUCCCAUGUGAAUAAUCAGUAGUAUUUUACUUGCUUUUCACUACUAAACUUUCCAUUUUGUUGAAAC